CGGAGCGCGAUAAGACAAACGAGAGCAGGGAACGCGGAAACAGUAGAAGCGGUUGACGAUAGAGCUGAGGUGCAUUAACCGGCGACUGCGGGAAAGAGCGACACUUACCACAGAAACCGCUUUUGAAAGCCCAGAUUCUGGGUGUAACAGAUUUACUUUUAUUUCAGGUCGUCGGAUUAGAAGCCCGUUUGACUGGAUAAAACAGAACCAGCGAGGAAAUAGGCAGAUUGUUUCUCUCUCUGACUAGAAUUAGUCGGGAUUUGAGAAUGGGGAGCCGAGAGGAGGAGCGGCGAAAACUCGCCGACAUCAUCAACCACUGGAACGCCAACCGGCUCGACCUGUUCGAGAUCAGCCAACCGACUGAGGAUUUGGAAUUCCAUGGCGUGAUGCGCUUUUACUUCCAGGACCGUGUGGCGGGGAACUUCGCCACAAAGUGUAUCCGAGUGUCCAGCACGGCCACCACACAGGAUGUGAUCGAGACGCUGGCAGAGAAGUUCAGACCUGACAUGAGGAUGCUGUCUUCUCCUAAAUACUCCCUCUAUGAGGUCCAUGUCAGUGGCGAAGAGAGGAAACUGGACUUGGACGAGAAACCACUGGUCGUGCAGCUGAACUGGAACAAAGAUGACAGAGAGGGCCGCUUCGUGCUCAAGAACGAGAACGACAUCAUGCCCAAGAGAGCACUGACAAAUGGCCCUGAGAAGGAGAAGGAGGGGGUGAUCCAAAACUUCAAAAGAACACUGUCCAAGAAGGAGAAGAAGAAAGAGAAGAAGAGGGAGAAGGAAGCCUUUUCCAGAAUUCCAGAUGGAGAUGAUCUCACACUGAACCGCGAGGAUGGAGAGAACUCCAGGUUGGCUGCUGAGGUAUAUAAAGACAUGCCAGAGACUAGUUUCACAAGGACCAUUUCUAACCCCGAGGUGGUGAUGAAAAGGAGACGACAACAGAAGCUGGAGAAGAGGAUGCAGGAAUUCCGCAGCGGAGAUGGUCGGCCGGACUCAGGAGGGACUCUGAGGAUCUACGCUGAUAGUCUGAAGCCCAACAUUCCCUACAAGACCAUCCUGCUCUCAACUACUGAUAUGGCUGACUUUGCUGUAGCCGAGGCCUUGGAGAAAUACGGUCUUGAGAAGGAAAACCCUAAAGAUUACUGUAUCGCCCAGGUGAUUCAUGUAAAUGAUAAACCAGUGAAGGAGACCAUCCUAGAUGAUACAGAUUGCCCUCUGCAGAUCCUCAGAGACUGGACCAGUGAUAAAGAGGCCUUAGUAUUCCAGCUGAAAAAGCGUCCUCCAGACUACGUUCCAAGGAAAGGACGUAAGCCUGACACCAGGAUGGGGCAGCAUGGAUCCAUUCCUCCUGAGAAACUGCCCUACCUGGUUGAACUGAGCCCAGGGCGAGGGAGUCACUAUGCCUACUACUACCGCCAUCAUGAAGAUGGGUCAGACUCCAGGGAUAAACCCAAACUCUACCGACUACAGCACAGCCUCACUGAGGUCGGAUCUGAACGGAGUGAAGAUGGAAGCAUCCAGCUAUUUGGGCCUGGGAUUUUGCCUCACCACUGUGACCUGAUGCACGCGGACGGAUUGGUGACUGUGACCCCUGUCAGUUUGGACGCUGAGACGUUUGUGGAUGGACAGCGGAUCUCUGACACAACGGUUCUGCGCAGCGGCGUGACCGUCCAGUUCGGGGCCACUCACGUCUUCAAAUUUGUAGACCCCAGCUAUGACCACAGCAUGUCCAAGAGAGACCCAGGGCCCAUGAUGAAGGGUAGACACAAAUCAGGAAGUGUCCCAGAGACGACCUUUGACCUUCACGGGGACGUUCAUAGUGGCUCUGCUCUCCCUACAAGCAAGAGCUCAGGGAAGCUGGAGAUGGAACGUUCAGGAAACAACAGUGAAAGAGGCCUGGUGAAGCCCAUGAUCAGAGGAGAACAGCAGGACUUUAGCAAACAGGACGGAAGGUCCCAGGAUGGCCCAGAGCUCACUCUGCCAGCCAGCAUCGAGUUCAGGGAAAACUCUGAAGAUGCCUUCCUGUCUGCCAUCAUUAACUACACCAACAGCUCAACGGUGCACUUCAAGCUGUCUCCCACCUACGUUCUGUACAUGACCUGCCGUUAUGUCAUGUCCAGCCAAUACCGGCCCGACAUUAGCCCCUCCGAGCGCACGCACAAGGUCAUCGCCAUUGUCAAUAAGAUGGUGAGCAUGAUGGAAGGAGUUAUCCAGGAGAUUGCUGAAGGUGAUCAGAAGCAGAAGAACAUCGCCGGGGCUCUGGCCUUCUGGAUGGCUAACGCCUCUGAGCUGCUGAACUUCAUCAAGCAGGACAAGGAUCUGAGUCGCAUCACGCUAGACGCACAGGAUGUCCUCGCUCAUCUGGUUCAGAUGGCUUUCAAGUACUUGGUGCAUUGCCUGCAGUCAGAUCUGAAUAACUACAUGCCAGCUUUCCUGGAAGAUCCCGAUGAACAGAACCCACAGAGGCCCAAGAUAGACGACGUUCUGCACACUCUGACGGGCGCCAUGUCCCUUCUGCGGCGGUGCCGAGUCAACGCGGCCCUCACCAUCCAGCUGUUCUCGCAGCUCUUUCACUUCAUCAAUAUGUGGCUCUUUAACAAGCUGGUGACGGAGGCCGACUCGGGCCUGUGCUCACACUACUGGGGUGCCAUCCUACGACAGCAGCUCAGCCAUAUUGAGGCAUGGGCUGAAAAACAGGGAUUGGAGCUGGCUGCAGACUGUCACCUCAGCCGCAUAGUCCAGGCAACGACCCUCCUCACCAUGGACAAGUACUCCAUGCAAGACGUGCAGAACAUAAACAACACCUGCUUCAAGCUCAACUCUUUGCAGCUCAACGCUCUGCUGAGUAACUACCACUGCGCUCCCGAUGAACCCUACAUUCCUCCUGAGCUGAUCGAUCACGUGGUGGCUGUGGCCGAGAACACGGCGGACGAACUGGCCCGAAGCGAUGGGCGGGAAGUACAGCUGGAAGAGGACCCUGACCUCCAGCUGCCUUUCCUACUGCCCGAGGACGGCUACUCGUGCGAUGUGGUGCGGAACAUACCCAACGGAUUCCAAGAGUUCCUAGAGCCGCUUUGCCAGAGAGGUUUCUGUAGAUUGAUCCCUCAUCCACGCUCUCCGGGAACUUGGACCAUCUAUUUCGAAGGAGCCGAUUGCGACAGUCAUUUCUCAGCUGACACAUCAGAACUGCCAAUGCGGAAGGAACCGGAAAUUGUGACCGUGACUUUGAAGAAACACAAUGGGAUGGGCCUUAGUAUUGUGGCAGCCAAGGGUGCCGGACAGGACAAACUUGGUAUUUACAUCAAGUCUGUUGUCAAAGGAGGUGCGGCAGACAUGGAUGGGCGUCUGGCUGCUGGAGAUCAGUUGCUCAGCGUGGAUGGACGAAGUUUGGUCGGUCUCUCGCAGGAGAGGGCGGCAGAAUUGAUGACACGAACAGGCUCGGUUGUAACGCUCGAGGUGGCCAAACAGGGAGCCAUUUACCAUGGGCUGGCCACGCUCCUCAACCAGCCGUCCCCCAUGAUGCCCCGCGCAUCAGACCGUGGACGUGGAGACAAGGGAAAGUUGAGACCAAAGAGUGAGGGCUUUGAGCUCUACAACAACUCUGUGCAGAAUGGCUCUCCUGAGAGCCCCCAGGGCACGUGGGACACCUAUCCUGAACCAAAGAAGGAGGACAGGUUGUUGAAGAAUCGUGCAGACCACCGCUCCAGCCCAAAUGUGGCUAACCAGGCUCAGAGUCCAGGUGGGAAGCCUGUUUACCCUGGAGCCCCAGGAAAGAUCACGUCAGUCUCAACGGGAAACCUCUGCCCUGAUGAGGAGCCUUCUCCACCCCGUCCAGAGGCGUAUCCGAUCCCCACUCAAACGUACCCAAGGGAGUACUUCACCUUCCCAGCCUCCAAAUCUCAGGACAGGAUGGGCCCUGGCCAGCCCUGGCAAAACAACGAACCGGAGCUUCUCCCCCCUAUGGAUAACCACUCUAACAACAGCAUGGCUAUGCAGCGGGUGGCGCGCUCUCAGGAGGAGCUGUGUGACAUGCCGGGCGGGUACCCAGGUGAACGUCUGCGCCAGGAAGACCUGAUGCACCUGCAGCAGCAGCAGCGUGAGGCUGAGUACCAGCGAGGUGGUGGCGAGCACUGGAACCACCAGACGUCCUCCUCGGUGGAGUCCAGCACCUCCAGCCAAGAGCACCUCAACUUUUCGUCGUCCUCCGGCUCUAGGUCCCAGGGCAACCACAAGAGUGGUCCUGGCCGCUGGAAAACCCCGAUAGCACCCCACUCUGGCCCAGUGGGUGUCUCCCAACCUUCCCGCUCUGACCUUCCCCCUCCUCCCCCUCCUCCACCUGCACACUAUGACUAUGAGCCACAACCAGACAUGCCGCUCCCUCCACCGCCAUCUGUUUCACAGCAACAGGCGGUGGCCGCGGCCGAUCGCAAGAAGCGCGAAGAGCAACAGCGCUGGUAUGAGAAGGAAAAGGCCCGGCUCGAAGAGGAGCGAGAGAGGAAGAGAAGAGACCAGGAAAGGAAGUUGGUGCAGAUUCGCAACCCUGCCGUCCCCGGCCCCGGCCCCGUCAUGCACAACAGCCAGCACGGCCCACUGCCGCCCGCUCCUCAGCACCAACAGAUGCCCCAUCCACAGCCCCCCAUGCCAGUGCAGGUACCCCAACCGUACCUUCCCCCAGUCCAGCCGCCCCAACCGCCGCCUCCACAACCAACUCGGCCCGAUAAACUAUCCAGCCUUCCCCGCCAACCACCACAGGACACGGUAAUCCGUGACCUCUUGCCUCAGCAGCAGCCUCGCACCAUCGAGAGACGCGACCUGCAAUACAUCACCAUCAGCAAAGAGGAACUGUCCGCCAGUGACAGCCUGUCGCCCGACCCCUGGAAGAGGGACGCCCGCGAGAAACUAGAGAAACAGCAGCAGCUUCACAUCGUGGACCUCCUGGACAAGGAGAUCCAGGAGCUUCAGUCCAAGCCUGAGCGCACGGCCGAGGAGAACGACCGUCUGCGCAAACUCAUGUUGGAAUGGCAGUUUCAGAAGAGACUGCAGGAGUCCAAGCAGAACGAGGAGGAUGAGGAGGAGGAGGAUGACGAAGAUGUAGACACCACGCUAAUUAUGCAGAGACUGGAGGCAGAGAAGAGAGCACGGCAGACUGCUGUUCCAGCAAUCUCUGUACUAGACUUGCUACAGGACGAGGAGCGACGACGGAAACAGCAGUUGGAGGAAAUCCGUAAGCGUGAGGCAGAAGAGCGAGUCAAACAGGAGGAGGAGAGACGCUGGAGAGAGGAGGAGAGAGCCAGACGAGAGACAGAGGAGAAGAGGAGACAGGAGGAAGAGUACUACACCCGCCUGGAGGCAGAGCGGCGCCGGCAGCACGAGGAAGCCGAGCGUAAGCUGCUAACGCCAGACGAGCCUGGUCUGUACAGACCCCCCCUUCCCCGGGACUACCAGCCCCCUUCACCCGCAAGCACCCCCACCACUAACAACAACAGUGCCCCUCCGCCCCCGCCUCAGAGAAACACCUCCUACCUCAAAACCCAGGUCGCCUCCCCCGACACCAUAUACACUGCCAAGUUUGUCUCGUACAAUGAUGAGGAGGAGGAGGAGGAGGAUGAGGAGGAUGCAGGCCUAACAGGUCAGGUUAAGCUCUCGGCCACCCGGAAGUCCUACGGUGACCUUCCGCCCGCCCCAAAGCCCCAGCCGCCGCCAACCGCGCGCAAGCCCCGUCCCGUCUCAGAUGGCAUCUUUCUGUCCAACUCAUUCCAGCUGCCCGCAGCGGCCAAUGCCAACAGUACUGCUCUCAAGGCAGGGCAGCCCCCUCUCCUUCCCAACAAACCCAGCUUCAUCCCAUCAGCCAACUCGAAAGGAUUUAAUUCGUACACUGGAAACACAACAGGACUAGGAUCAGGAGAAGUUUACAAGGACCCGCGAGAGAAGUGGACGAAAGGCGGCCCUGAUCAGGAGAACACAAUAGGCGGAGCUCCAGAAAAUCUGACAUUUAAGGAGCGCCAGAGACUCUUCUCACAGGGAAAAGAAGUGUCGAAUAAAGUGAAAGCGUCCCGGAAGCUCAUGGAACUGGAGAACGAACUGAACAUAAAGCAGUAGCGAAGAGGACUAAUUGCCAAUACGUAAUCCAUCCCUGGAAAAAAAAAAUACACAAAACACAUCCAGCUAUGGCUUCCCUGUCAUUUCCAAACAUUCUUUUUGGGUUUUAUUGAAUAACUGGACAAUUAAGUAUCAUUUAGCUGCAAUAAGAGAAGAUAUUCCAUAAAUUCCCUUGAAAGAUAUAUUAUAAUAAAGCACUGUAAAUUGUUUUAAUUAUAUUAAUAAGAAAAUUGAAAUGACAUGAAGGGGGUAUAUUUUUGUUUGUGAAAUGUUAUUGAAAAAUGACGCAUUUGCUCAUUUUAUUUUUUUUAAUAGGCAGUAAUGUGGGAUAUUUUAUGGUGUUAUUUUAUUCUCUUUCUACAUCUUUCCACUAUUUCUUUUUUCUUUUGAAAGCAAGUGCCGAUAUAAUAGACCAAUGUUAACAGCUCUCAGUACAGAACAGGGUUCGUGUCGGUCCCGGUGUAUUAUUCAACAGCUCAACAGUAGCGUGUGAAUGAAACUUAUAUAGGAGGCUCACGUUUAUCUUGUCGCACUGUUUAUUUUGAUUUUUUUUUCCGGCUGGUUCUUCCACGUUCAUGGAUACACAGGCACUUUUCCGCCAUGUCUCGUGUCUGCAUUAAAAUUAUUUUGCUCAGAAACGAGCUUUCGUAACCUUGUUAGCAACAUUUGUGAAAUUGAGUUUUUCCUUUGAGAAUGUAGUCGUUUUUUUUCUUGAAUAUUUUUA